AUGUCGAUGGCAACUUUCAGUGGAAAACGGUACUUCGUGACAUUCAUUGAUGACAGGUCAAGAUACUGUGUCGUCUAUCUGCUCAAGAGCAAAUCUGAAGUUGCGGCGAAGUUCAUGGAAUACGCUGCGAUGGCCGAAACGCAAACCGGAAAGCGCGUGAAGUACCUUCAAAGCGACAAUGGGGGUGAAUACAAGUCCGACAAGCUGGCACGAUUCUGCGCGGAACGGGGAAUACAACAAAGGUUCACACCCCCAUAUACUCCUCAGCUAAACGGAGUAGCUGAGAGAAUGAAUCGCACGCUGGUCGAGUGUGCGCGUUGCAUGAUGGAACACGCUGGACUGGGAAAGAGCUACUGGGGUGAAGCAGUGAUGACGGCGAUGUUUCUUCGAAACCGCUGUCCAACACGUGCCAUUCACCAAGACAAGUCUCCAUAUCAAGUGUGGACGAUGAAGAAACCGAUUCUGGCCAACCUUAAAGUGUUUGGAUGCCACGCGUAUGUUCAAGUGCCUCAAGACAAACGCGCGAAGUUCGACUCCAAGUCAUCACUCUGUCGUUUCCUGGGAUACGCCGAACACCAGAAGUCAUAUCGAUUUGAGGAAGUGUCAACAGGAGCGAUCAAGAUCAGUCGCGAUGCCACAUUCAUGGAAGACAAGUUUGAUGAAGGUCCGCGCAACUACAACGAUGAGUCAAGUGUCGUUGAGUUUGAUGAUCAUGAUGAGGACGAAGAAAAAGAAGAAGGUAAAACUGACGACGACAUGGACUCGAGCGACGAUGACAACGAAGACACCAGGUCUUCGAAGAGCAACAUCAAGAGACACACGCGCACUCAAUCACUUGAGAAAGCUACCUGA